AUGAAUCCCAUUUCAAGCCUCGUCUUUGUGCUUCUUUUGACUGUCUUUCCAACCCUAAUUCUUUGCCAAACCCCCUUGAUUGAACAAGCUUGUAAUUACACCACUUACAAGAUUCUGUGCCAUCAAACUCUUGGACCGGACUCUGAGGCCCUUUCAGCUACAGAUCUCAAGACUUUAGCCAAAGUUUCAUUAAAACAUACAGAGAAUCAAGCUACCGAUAUAGAUAACAAAAUCAUCCAACUGAUAAAUUCAGCAACGGGGGAUUUGAAGUCAGUCCUAAGCAAUUGCUCGGAUAAAUAUUUAACUGUAGUUGAGAAAAUUCAGGCCGCGGAAACUUCCUUCGCAUAUGGCGACGUUGGUGGUGCUACAACCUGGCUGAAAGAUGCCACGAGCAAUAGAAACAUGUGUGACGAAGGUUUCAAGGGUAAACCCUUCAAGUCUCCAAUAUCUGACUUGACUAACAAACUUGGCAUGAUGCAAAACAAUGCGGAAUCCAUUAUCGCUCACAUCUAA